UCUGUGAUGACGGUUAAAAAUAUAAUAGUGACUCUCGACUUCAAUAACUGUAAAAAUAAUCCAUUAUUCAGUUUUGUCAUUCCAUGAGCAGUAAUAUUAUUCGAAAGGAUAUUUUCGUAUCCAACGGGACUCGCAGUCGCCACGACGACAUUAUGUAUGUAUUGUGUCCGUCUGUAAACUACAAUUCUUCAUCGAAUAUUCAGUGGAAAAUAAAUUGUUUUAUCAGACCGUGAGAGGUGCAAACCAAACAUUAAAUGAAACAUGGACAAUCAAGCAGCGACAGCGCAGUCCCCUGUGGAGGGGAAGAUAUGUUCUGAACGUGAUAGUGAUCAAGAGGUCGAACGGGGCACAUGGGGAAAUAAAGCAGAAUUUCUUCUGUCGCUGUUGGGCUUCGCCGUUGGUUAUGGAAAUAUAUGGAGGUUUCCGUACCUUUGCUACAAGAAUGGAGGAGCGACGUUUUUGAUCCCGUACAUCACUAUGCUGUUCUGCGCUGGUCUCCCGCUCUUUUUCAUGGAACUGGCCAUAGGGCAAUACAUCAGCUUGGGACCGAACAUUUUGUUCCAGAAGAUGGCACCCAUUCUCUCAGGUGUUGGCUGGGGUAUGGUCAUAACUUCGCUCCUGACGGCUCUGUAUUUCAACGUCAUCAUUAGCUGGUCCUUGUACUACACCGUCGCUUCCUUCGCUAGCGUUCUGCCAUGGAGUCACUGCUCCAAUGAUUACAAUAGUCUAGAAUGCUACUCGGAGGAAGAAGCCCUUGUCUGCCAGAACAAUUCCCUCUUCUUCUACAACAAAACAUGCCUCACGGCUGACCAAUACUGUGGGGUUGCUAAUCUCCGCGCUCACAACCUGACCCACUGCCACCAUCCAACUGAGGGAGCUUUAGCAGCUAGUUCAGUUAUUAACAAAAUCUCUCCAAGCGAGGACUUCUUUUUGAAUCGCAUGCUGCAUGUCACAGGCAAGACCUGGGAUGACCUUGGUGUCCUGCAGUGGGAGUUGGUGGGUUACCUGGCCCUUUCGUGGAUCCUGGUCGGCGCCAGCCUCUUCAAGGGGAUUAAGAGUCUUGGAAAAGUAGUCUAUUUUACUGCUACUUUUCCAUAUCUCAUUCUUAUCGUCCUCUUUAUCAGAGGUCUUACACUGGAAGGCUCUUACAAAGGAAUAGAAUUCUACAUUCUAAAAUUCGACGUCACGAGACUCAUGGAGGUGGAAGUGUGGGGCGAUGCCGCAGUACAAAUAUUCUACUCAGCUGGAAUAUGUUUCGGAAGUCUCAUUACACUGUCCUCCUAUAACAAAUUCAACAACAACUGUAUGAGACACGCUUUCAUCGUUUGUUUAGGAAACAGCUGUACCUCAAUUUUCACUGGCUUCGUCAUAUUCAGCAUCUUGGGCUUUCUAGCUCACGAACUGAGCGUACAAGUGGAAGAUGUGGUAUCAGCAGGAUCCGGUCUCGUGUUUGUUGUCUACCCAGCAGCAUUGGCUCGUCUGCCAAUUCCCCAACUGUGGUCCGUCCUCUUCUUCUUCAUGGUGAUCAACGUAGGACUCAGCUCACAGUUUUCAAUGGUCGAAACCGUCACAACAGCUCUCUUUGACCAGUUUGAGUUCCUGCGACCUAAGAAGCCUUUUGUGGUCGCCCUUAGUUGCUUUGGAAUGUUCCUUCUCGGGCUGCCGUUCUGUCUCGAGGGCGGCAUUCUCAUAUUCGAACUCUUUUUCUGGUAUUCUGCUAGUUUCUCUGUCAUUGCACUGGCUAUCACUGAAGUGCUUGGUAUACACAUGAUAUACGGAUAUAGAAACUUUCUGAGGAACAUAAAAGAGAUGGAUAUCACCCUGCCAUUCCCAGUGAGGUGCUAUUGGACUAUUACAUGGCUUUUUACUGCUCCAGUCUCUCUAGUAAUCAUUGGGGUUACAUCCGUUUACUUCUUCGUUCCCGCCUACUGGGGAAAUUAUGUCUUCCCUCAAAACAUCCAGACCUUGGGAUGGUGCCUAAGCGCCUGUUCCAUGGGAUUCAUACCAUUAGGGGCGAUCUACGCUUGCUGCAGGACUAAGACCUUCAUGGAUGUUUUCAAACCUUCGCCGGAAUUUUGUCCAGCAAGUGAAAGGGAGUUACUUCGUGCAGGAACUUGCAAAGAGUCUGAGGGGUUCAGAUACACUUACCAUAACGAAGGAUUCAAUGAUGGAAAUGCUGACCAUUUAAAGGUUACAGAAAUUAGGAAAGAAUAAAAAAAAUAUGAACAUGGACAACCCAACCUACAUAGUGAAAAUGGUACAAGCAUAGCUACCAGUGACUACAUACUUCGACUUAGGGGAAAUAUUGCGAGGAUUAUAACUAAAUAUACAUUCUAAGCCUAGAAACAUCUACAAAUAAAGGGCCUCGUCACUGUC